AUGGCCGCCCCUUCCGAGAUCCAACAGGUCUACAUCGCUCAGGACUACUCUGAGCCCACCGCCCCUCAGUACGAGUUUCCUCAGCACUACGAUCUGAACGAUCCCGACUCUGCUCGUCUCUCAUACCAGAGACUCAUGCAUGAGCACACCAAGCAACAGUUCGAGCUUGCCACAUCAUCAGCUCGUCGCCGCGGCUCUCCUCCAGAGCACGACCUUGCCGGUCUCCGCAAGGAGACCUCUGGCAUGAGCAUCGACUCUUCUUCUUCUUAA